GAACAAGCUAAAAAGGAUGUGGUCAAAAACGAACAAGCUAAAAAGAAGAAAGAUGGUGAGUCUUUUUUUAUAAGAGACGGCAGCAGCAGCAGCAAGCUGGUGGAGUAUGAGAAAUAUAUUGCUAACAAUCCACAGUUGUCCAAGGAGAGGAAGGAUGCUGAAGAAAAGCAUCUCUCUGUUGUCAAAAUCCAUGCACAUGCCUCUGCAUUGAGUGAGAUGAUAACAGGAGGGACACAUUCUAUGGACUGCUCACGUUUUAUGUCGUACAUUGUGGUGGCUAACAAGUCUCAUCUUGUUCAGCUGGAGAACCUGGAUUUCCUUCGUUGUAUGAAUCUAAUGGCUGUUUUGGAUUUUGAUCCACAAUCCGCUGAGAAUGGCUUGAAUAAGCUUCUCAAAGAGAGCAAAAAGUUCAAUGAUCAUUUACCUGCUCAGUAUAAAGAUACAGGUGCAGUUGCAGACAUUGCAAGCAGCUUAGAGCGGACUGAAAACACAAGCUGGUUUUUCUGUAACGGAGGCAUUUAUGGGGAAACUCCCUCUGAUGCGGAUAACUGGUUGACUGAGAAAGGAUCCUCUGUGCGUGAUGUAGUUUCUUUCCUGUGCCGAAAAGUGCUGCCUCGCAAGAAACUUCUUGUCAUAUUCUUGUUAUUUAGUCAGGUGAGCGAGGCCAGCGACCCCUUGUUUCAGACCUUCAGUAUGUUUCAACAGGAGCUUAUGGGACAAAACCAAAUCUUAUGCAUCAGUGACAAUGAAACAUCGUACACCUACUGGAAUGAUCUCAUCAAGCAUCGACAUAAAUGUGACAUUUCAAAAUGCAUUUAUGAGCUAAGUUUUGCUGAAAUCAAUGGCACCAUCCUCAAGCAACCUACACGACUUCCUGUUUUGCUCAUGACUGAUCGCUUUCAAGACAUUCGCAAUGUACUAACACUCCAACAUCAAAUUGAAGAGGAAUGUUUGAACCAGUACAUUUUUUCAAAAUCUCCACAAGUCAUUAUUGUCAACUGCAUGAGAGUUGAUUCAUGUGAACCAACUGAAGCAACUGGUGAUGCCGUUUGCAUUCCAAACUAUUUAUCUGAGAAUGAACUGAAACUAUUCGAGGAAAAGAUGGAGGAGUUUAAGAAGACCAACAGAAACACUGAAACAUUUUAUGUGUCCAUGAUUGCGGACAACUUUUCACCUGGCUAUAUUCAGCGUGUUGUGAAAAAUACCCUGAAGGACUUCAACUUUCAACACAAGCAUGCUCAACUUUUUGCUGUUCUUGUCCUCUUGCAUGUCUACUCCAAGAACGCAUUGCUGUCGGUCUCUACAUGUGAAGAGUUUCUUGGUCUGCAAACAAAAGCUGAGUCGUGUAAGGUUGAAGACGCAUUUGAGAAGUUUUCCUCUCUUUUGAAAAGAAGCACAGUUGUUUCCAAAGUGACCUUUGAAGGCAUGAUGGUGAUUCACUCAAGAAUAGCUCAACACUGUUUGGAAGAGCUUUCCGCUUCUCAUGGAGUGACAAAAGCACAAAUUGCUAACCUUCUGCUCACAACUGACUUAUUUUAUGAGAAAACUCCGGAAAAACUAAAAUUCAUGCAGGAUGUUCAAGACAUGUUGAUGACGAGGCAAUAUUCAGCCAAGCAUGAAGACUUCUUUUUUUCACGUCUUAUCCAAGAUAUAAUGAAGGAGACCCCAGGGAUGGAAGAGACUGUUCUACUCAAUGCAGCAGAGUGCCUCAGAGAAGAAGAAGCCAUAUUCCAGCUCCUUGCCAGGUACUAUUGCAUCAAGAAACAGGAUUUUACCAAGGCCAUGGUUUGGGUGAAGAAGGCCAAAGAUCACUCAAGGGAGGACUCCUACAUAAGUGAUACAGUAUCACAGGUACUUGUUUUUGAAGACAACAAUGAUCCCAUCAAGCCAGAUAGUCUUGAUAGGUUUCUUACAUUGGCUGAGUCUGUAGCAGAAGCUUGCAAAAACACACAACAAACUCCAAAAGAAGAGGCCGCGACCGAAACACAAGAACAAACUGAUUACAAUACCUACAACACUGCUGGCCAUUUUGGUGAACUUCAAACUGCAGCUACAGUCAUAGAAAUACUGCAAAAAAUACCAUUUAAGGCAGGUUUUACUUACAGCAAUUGGCUUACUCAAGUCUUAUUGGGUAAAAUUAUCAUUAAGGAUUUGUCAAAAGAGAACCCUGGGCUUGAACUCAAGCAAUAUUGUGAUGAUUUGCAGAAACACGAGCGCUUUCUUCUCCAACUGAAAGACACGAUGAAGCAGCAUUUCGUUUUUUUCAACAAUUUAUUUGUCAACUUAGUUCCCCUUUCUGCUGGGAAAGACAAACAAAACGACCUGACAAAGUGCAAGGUUUCCAGUUACUUUCAGCAAUAUACUGAACUCUUUUGUGAGCUGGACAAGAACAAGGACGUGAACCGCACGGUUAAUGUUGAGCAGAUGCGCCAAUUUUUGGAGAGCAACAAAGGUGAUUCCUAUGCAGGCCUACUUGAGUAUUUGUAUAAGGAAGACUCUGCAUCAACUCUUGAAGAGAUCAUCCAGAUGUAUAAUUUCAUUCUGAAGUCUAAAGAGGCUAGACUGAUGGACACAGUUAACUUUAUCUACACCAAUGUGAUUCUUGCCAAAGUCGAACCUAAAUCUCGGUACAUCAUGCCCUACCAAGACCUUUGUAAUUUACUCAAUAAAACUGAUGGCUCCAUUCUGCCAUUGUACUACAUCAAAGUUUUAUUGUUAUGGAGCACCAACAAUAACUGUGAUUUACAAGAUUUGGUGUCAAAAAUGAAGGAGUCAUACUCAACUGAGCUGAAACCUUGGUCUAGUGGAAAGAAAGCAGCUGUCCAUUUUUAUCUAGGGGAAAAAAAAGGUUAUGAUGGCCUGAUUUUCCAUAGGGAAAUUAACAGCGGAUCAGAGCAGAACAUCUCAACUCAAUGGGAUGAUGAAAAUAUCUGGAGGAAAAUGAACGAGAGUAAGAAGCUUUGCAGAGUUUCUGGCAAAAUUGCCAACGAUUUGAUCAGGGUUAAAGGUGUGGAGGUUGAUCCCAUUUUCAGAAGACAGUUACACAAAGAAUCGGACAAAAGCGUGACAUUUUUUAUCGGGUUUUCAAUUAAUGGACCAGUUGCACUUGACAUGAAAGUAGAUGGUUCAAAUGCCUAAUGUAAUGGAUCCGACUGAUGACCUAAGGCAUGGACCAAAGCCCUGUAGUCGUUCUUAGACGUUAUUUCAGUUUGCCUCAUUAACAUAUCUUACACACUUCAAUAUAAACGAACAUUUUAAUCAUUAAUGUUGCAUGUUUUUGGGCUGUGCUUUAGCAGAAAUGCCUGAUUGUGCUGGAUGUGAAUUUUGUGAUUUUUGUCAUGUGAGAGGUUUCUGAGAGUCUGGCCAAUCUCUCCAAUGCAUUCACUUCCAGAGAGCAUGCCUGUAUUGUAUUUCAAUUAUAUUGGGAUUGUUUCUUUUUCUUUAUAUACAUUUCACAUUCAUCUUAAUGCAUUGUGCAUGCAUUGAUACAUUCAUGUACAUUUACGCAUUUGUUUUAUAUUCUUUAUAUUUGAAUUACUUUUGCUA